AAGUAACCAUCAGUAACCAAUAGCUGCAGCUCCUUUCUUGUGACCGCGCGCAGCGUCAGACCUGCUGCACGCUGCGUUCGAGGGGACUGAUGGCACAGCGCUUCAGGCAACGCCACAAACCUGCACCUACUGUACAGUACAUUCAAGAUAGGGUUUAUUCUCUGUGACUCAAUAUCUGUUAUUUGGAGAUGAAAUCACAUUGACGGCAAUAAUCAUCCCUUGAUUUCCCUGGCCUUAUGUCGACAUGGCAACAGGAAGGAAAAGCUCCACUUCAAAAGGUGGAGUACAUUUCCCUGAUGAUGACGAAGAUGCUCCCAUUAACAAUAGCUGUGAUGAAAAGCUUCAGGAUAAACUCAUUACUGCUCUACCAGAGCCUGAUGGUGCAUAUCUUGUUAAGGUGGGAUUUUUAAGGAGCCAUCACAAAUAUGAAAUCAUCUUUUCUUUGCCCCAAGUCCCAACACUGGGCAAAGAUGUCACCCUUUCCCCUGCGCUUCGUACUACGGCAAAACCACGGCUACGUGCAACACGCAUCACUCCACGCCCUGAGGGGGGAGUGAAGGUGGUUUGUGAGUACAUCGCUCAGCAGGAGGGAGUGGUACAGGAGGAACUCACCCUGGUCAACAGGAGCAGAAGGGACAGCAGCAUUAAAGUUAAAUUACAGGCCAGAGUUAUGGAGCGCCACCACGGGACACCAAUGUUACUUGAUGGAGUGCGGUGUGUUGGUGAAGAAAAACACACAAAAUAAUGACACAAAGAUGUGGCUAAACCAGUUUGUGUAGAUGAUGAGAAUAAACUGAAAAGAAUGCACAUGAGAAUGUGAACAAACCAUGUCACCCCUAUCCUGGAAGAUCACAGGUUCAACUGAUUUGUUUCUGCACUAACACAAAAAUAGAGCCUCUAUUUUAGAGGCUGCUUAUCACGUAUGCUAAUGGAAUCACAAAUUUGACUUUAGUUUUUAAAAGAGUUGCAAAGGUCAUGGGUUUUUAUUACAGCAGAAUUUAAUUAAAAAGCAAUUUAAAGAGAAAAGCAAUACCAAUGCACCUGGUCAAGGAUAACAUAUGUCAGAAGUUCAGCUUAGUUCAGCUAUGUGCUGUUUGGUAGCCUGAGUAUGAGUAGUUAUUAAUUCACUCUAGAAUUUUACAUGAAGCUUCUAAUUUGGUUCAGCUUGUUACUGUAUUGAAUUUAAAGUGUGAUUCAAGAACACUCACUGCUUUAGUUAUUUUGCAAGUUCUAACUGAACCUCAUCAUAGUAUUGCCUGAAGAAAAUAAUGUGUGCAUAAUCAUGUGCAUCAUAUACACUGUGUAUACAUAAUUAAUAAUUAUAUAUAAUCAUAUUUUUAUUCUAGAAAAAGUCAUUAUUUUUGUCUUCUUGUCAUAUAUAUGGAAAUAUGUUAGACCAAGACACUGGACUCCCACGGAAGGUAAUUUUAAAGAGGACCUAUUAUGCUCUUUUACAAUGUCUUGAUUUUGUUAAAAUAGGUAUUCAUGCUUGAAUGUUUUUUUUUUUUUUUCACAUAUGUGAUAUUGUUGCAGCACCUCUCUUCCCAGUCUGUCAGUAACGCUAUGGGGUGCGUUUCCCAUACAAUGACGUAACUUGAUGCUUCACUACCAUAGUACGAUGCAUCGUUGAGCAAAUCAACUAGCUAGUUACGGCUGUUUCCUGAAACCGUAUUGUCGCAAUCCUGACGUUCAGCCACGUUGGUGAAUGAUGUCAAGCAGGUGGAGUAAUAACCUCUUUAAAUGAAUCCAUUGGAGAUCGAAUCAAUGCUAGAUUUUUUUUGCUAUAAAUUAUGUACAUGGCAUCUGAUGACUAAUUCUCAUUUUUCUCAGUUAUUUUGCUUUAUUUCAAUCAUAGGCUCGUUCUAGAGCAUAUACGCACAUGCGCGCUCUUCAAAAACAGUGCUUAAAAUCUCUUGACAAACUAAAAUAUGUAAAUGAUAUUUGUAUAUAUUCAAAAUAAAAGAUAUACAUUGUACUUAAUGUCAGCUUGCUUAUUUUGCUCAAGAUAAGGAUUUAUUAAGUCCACAUGUCAUAACCAAGAGCUGUCGUUCCAACCACACAAGUUUGUGAUGCAGUUUGCGAAUAUUUGUUUAAACUAUGGUUUCGGGAAACACAAAAUCAUUGAAAUAUGUUAGUAACGACAGAACUUGCAAUGUUAGUUGGCUAACGAUGCUUUUGGGAAACACACCCCUGUUUAGUGUCUUCUUCCGAAAAGCUCAGUAUGGUCUGAUUGGUUGGCUGGACCAGUGCGUUGUGAUUGGUCAACCGCUUCGAGUGUGUUUCGGAAAUGUCAUGCCCCUUUCAACAACUGCUAAUGUAACUCAACCAGACCUGGCCCUAUUAUUUUGCAUAUGUCUUGGGUGGGAGUUAUUUAAAUGAGAGAUAUAGUGACGUGUACGCUCCUGGAAGAAAACUCAAGACUACAAAGUGUUUCAAGGAGUUCAGAAACAGUGCUUACUGAUAUAGAGACAUUGUGCUCUUUAAACUGCAGACAUUUUUCAUGCUCAAACAGCAAUAUUACACACAAAAGAAAAUUGACAAUGUAAUAAAGCAUAUAGGUCCACUUUAACUUGUGUAGAAAACACUUGCUGCUAAAUUUUUUGCAGACAUAGAUGCUCUUGGGACCAAAACACACAAAAGUCACAAUGUAUUUGUGAGUAUUAGUGACAUUUUCUCUGAAGCUGCAGCUUAAACCUGCAAAUUUGACUAUGAAGUUGACAAAUAUGAAGUGAGGCAACACUUUUUAAAUGCCAGUCGAGAUGUAAUAUUGCAAAUUCUCAGCUUUUAUAUUUGAGAGAUCUGGUAUUUGAAUUUGAUUAAUAAGCUUCCAAAACAUUUUAUGUAUAUUUUAAUAGGGUGAUUGCUCUAUAUAUUUUUUGUUGAGGGCAGUAACAAGAAAUGUUUUGUGCAAAACUAUAUUCUCAACUAAUCUUGGCUUGGGCCAGGGAAGUAGCACCUUCUAGAAACACUAGAUGGUGUUGCUGCCUGUGUUCACACAACAGGAAAAACAGGGGUUUGGAAUACUAAUAGAAAGUGUUUGUAUUAUGGUGUGUGUUCUGUAUAUACAUAUGCGAAAAUCACUUAAAAUGGUUUUAAUUGACCAAUAAAAGCUAUUCAUGACUUAUAUAUCUUGCCAAACCAAAUAAAAGAAAAUUCCCAAACUU